UCUGAGAGUGACGGAGUAGGGGAAAACAAUUUUGGAUAAUGAUGCUCUCAAUUCGGUGCAGAUGUCGCGUUUCUCAGGACAUUUCUCUACAUUUUCGUACCAAAGGAUGUUCAAAAUUCAUUGUGAAGUUAUUUGCGGGAGUUACUGGCGAAAAUGUACAAACAACAGACGAACGCUCCAUAGAGGAUCUGCCCGGUCCUCAUUCAGAUCUACAGGGCAUCGCUCUGGCGAAGAAAUUUUUCUUGAAUGGUCUUAAAAUCCUUUCUUUCCAACAGAAGAUAAAUGAGGCAGAUGCUGGGAAAAUCGUGUUAAAAGCUCAACUUAGGAAUGUGGAACAGUUCGGUCCAAUAUUCAGGACAAAAUUUAUGGGCCUUCGGGCCGUUGACUUUGUGAAGAUUUCAAACCCAGUCGAUGUUUCUACCGUUUUAAGAUCUGAGGGCCGAAUUCCGAUCCGACCUGAUAGUCCAGUGAUGGAAUACUAUAGGAAAAAAACUAACAAACCCGCUGGAAUAAUCUUCGACAAUGGUUUGAGCUGGUACAAGCAUCGAAAAUGUAUCAACGAACGAAUGCUCCAGCCGAGGAGUGUGGCUGAUUACGAACCUGCGUUUAAUAAGAUUGUCACAGAAUUUGUUGCUCGGCUGGAAAGACUUCGCGGUAGUCACGGCUUGGAAAAUGAAAUUCCAUCGCUGGAGGAGGAACUUUUUAAGUGGUCUUUUGAGUCAGUGUCGUUGAUGCUGUUUGACGAGAGGUUUGGUGCUCUGGAGGACCAAAUUCACCCGGAAGUGAAAGAGUUCAUUUCCGCUGUAAACAACUUUCUGCAAAGCACAGCUCACAUUGAUGUGCAACCACUGUGGCUGCACAAAAUAUUUCAAACCAAAAUGUACAAACAGUUUGCAGAAAGUUAUGAUAAAUUUUAUGAAUUUACCGAUAAGGCUAUUAAAAGGAAGCUGAUGAAGUUUGCAAACCAAGGUGAGCUUUCACAACCACUUCAAGGCCAAAUUCAGAACAUCGAGUUCCUAAAAUAUCUGGUUUUGACUUCCGAUUUGACUCAUGAAGACCUUUUAGCUACUUACGUUGAUGUAUACUUUGCUGGAGUCGACACAACAGCAACUUCAGUCCUCUGGUGUUUAUACGAGUUGGCAAAAAAUCCAGACAAACAACUAAAUUUGUAUCAGGAAAUUUCCUCAGUCCUGAAGCCCGGAGAACUCGUCACCAAUGCAACGCUGUCUAAGUUACCCUACCUAAAAGCAUGUAUUAAGGAAGUCCUCAGAUUAUAUUCAAUCUUUUUCUUAGCCAGAGUUACUGAACAGGAUUUGCUCUUGAGCGGUUACAAAAUUCCUUCUGGAACCCACGUAAUGAUUCUAAAUCAUGCAAUGUCUCUGAGUGAGCAGUAUUUUGAAGAUCCGUUGUCUUUUACACCAGAAAGGUGGCUGAGAGAAAGUAAGAAUCCAUCUGAGAGUGGAAGAAACAUCAACGCCUUUGCUUCUCUUCCAUUUGGAUUUGGAACACGAAUGUGCAUAGGCCGGAGGGUAACAGAACUAGAGCAAUACUUAUUGCUGACAAGACUCAUACAAAAUUAUCAACUCCUUGAUGCUACUGGUGAAACAGUGGAGAAGACAACUCAUGGACUUGUUAUUAUCCCAGAUCGUCCAGUAAGAGUCCAGUUUUUGAAACGGAAAGAGUCGUUGUUAUAAAUUUUUUGGAAAAGAUGAUAAAGUUACUUUCCUUGACAGGCAAAACUCAGUUCACAAAUUGCGCUCGUUUACUCAAAUUUGUUAAUCCUUCAACUUCCAUGAGUAACCAAGACAGAAUUUCACCUUUCAAUGUCAUUACAUGAAUAUGAAAAUGAUCCUCGCUGUAAUGAACACUACUUAAGCAGUUUUGAAAAUAAGGCCUGAAAAAAAUUUAGGCCUGUACUAUUACUUAAGUAAUGUUCAUCACCAUGAACAUCACCCUCAUACAGUCCAUUUCUCAAACCGCAUUUCACUUAACCCUUUCACCCCCACAAGUGACCAAGACAGAAUUUCUCCUUACAAUAUCAAUACAAUAUCAAGCAGGCAAGUGAUGAGAAUAGAGAAGAAUGUCGAUCAUGGGAUGAUUAGAUGAUCCAAUACCAAAUUCUCUGAACUAACAUCAUAAGAAUUGUAUGGCAGAUAGUAAGGAGAAUUACUAAUUAGAUCUUGGGAGUGAAAGAGUUAAUUAUUUGAUUUUCAUAUAUUCACAGUCAUUGAAUAUCGGUACAAUAAAAAAAAACAAGUGAUGAGAAUAAACAAAUAUUUUAAUUAGGGGAUUGUUUGUUGAUCCAACACCAAAUUCUCGAAACUAACAUCAUAAGAAUUGUAUAGCAGAUGGUAAGGAGAAUUACUAAGGAGAUCUAGGGACUGAAAGGAUUAAACCCUGAGAGUGCCUGGCUUCCCUGGAACAAGAAUUUAUGGUACAGCUAUAAAAUGUGCCACAAAACCUUAGGGUCUUUAAAGGCAAAAGAGAGGUUGGCAUAAGUUCCAAUCCUUAAAAAGCCUAAUUUCAAUCAUUUGUAAUUCAGCAUGAAGAAAUAGUCUUGAACACCUUAAACCCCAAGAAUGACCAGCAAGUAAUUUCCUUUACUCCUACAGUUUCACAGUAACUGCUGAAUCAUGCAUAAAGAUCGUGUAAGAAUAAAGGAAAUGAUCACCAACCUAAAAAACUUUGAUUGUUUAGCAAAUUCUCCUUGUCAGUACCAAAGGAGGUGUAUACAUGAGAGUACAGAGAACAUGAAUACCAAUGUUAGGGUGUAAAGGGUUGACACGGCAGGCUCUACAGCAUAAACAAUUUGGUGUAAAAGGGUUUAUUCCCAAGAUUUUUGUUGUAUGUUCUCUUGCUUUGUGCAAAAAUUUUUGGGGUCUGUAGAACUGGUCUUCAAUAUACUACAAACAUACUACAUUUACUGUAGACACCUCAAAAGGCAAGGUUUUGAAAAAAGCCUUUUAUUGUGAUUGCUUAUGAAAUAAACUGUAAAUUUUGAAAGUGGACAACAGUUUACCACCUAAUUGUAAAAUGAAUUCAAUAUUCUUAAUUUGAGGAUUUUCCCUCAAUGCACUUGAAGUAAUUUUGAUAUUACCAUCACUAAAUUUAGGGAAAAGUGCUUUCACACAGAAAAUGAAAUUUUC